ACAUUGAAAGCGGUUAGGUUGAAUGACCCCGGUUUGGCCUUGAAGCGGAUGUCGGAAAGGCAUAAAUUUUAUCUUUGAUAAUAGCUUCUGCUUCAUCUUUUACAUGCCGGGAUGGAUGAGCUCUCUAUGUAUUUUUCAGCCGGUAAUGAAACAUCGAAGUCCAAGUUGAAUGAAAAGUCAGCAAAAUCAUUCACAAGGCCAACUAAUUUUCGUAAUGACGCACAACAACGCAAAAGCUUCAGAGGUUGUAUCAAGAAGAAUAAAACUAUAGAUAACGGCUCAGAUAAUGCUAACAACCCGUUCCUUAGCCUAAACUCUACUCCCAAUAAUCCCAUGUGUGGUAGCUACAGCUGUGGAAAUAUCUCUACAAAAAUGCCACAUAUUCUUCCUCCCGAAAUAGAAGAGGGAAAUAUUGAGUACAAACGGAAAUUAGUUGAUCCUACACCAAAUCGUUUUGAACAGCUUGUUACUCAAAUGAAAUGGCGUCUUAAUGAAGGUGGAGGCAAAGCCAUUUAUAAAUUAGGUGUAGAUGACGAUGGUCAUGUCAGUGGACUUCGUCCAUCUGAAUUAAUCAGUUCGUUAACAACACUUGAACGAAUGGCAAAGCGUCUAAACUCCACUCUUCAUCCUCUCAGAGAGCGUGUUAUUGAACCGACAACUAUUUCUUCGGAUAAAGAAUGUCGUAAAGCUAUUGAAGUGCUUGUUCGUCUAGCGCCAACAACCAAUGAAGGUUCACCAGAUUUAUGUGUAGCUUUAGUUGGUGGAAUGGAUUCAGGCAAAUCAACUUUAAUUAGUGUAUUAACCGAUGGUGAAUUGGAUAAUGCUCGUGGUAAAGCACGUUUAAAUCUAUUUCGUCAUUUACAUGAAGUACAAUCUGGUCGGACAAGUAGUUUAAGUCGUGAAUUAUUAGGUUUUGAUGCAAAUGGUAAUGUUACUAAUUAUAAAUAUGCUGAUGGUAGAGUUUAUCGACGUUCAACCGAAGAAGUUGUUCGAAUGUCAUCCAAUUUAUUAACUUUACUUGAUUUAGCUGGACAUUCAAAAUAUCAACGUACAACAUUAGCUGGUAUUUCUUGUAAUCAACCAAUAAUGGGCAUUUUAGUAAUAUCUGCUACAAUUGGUUUAAGUAGUAUAGGAUUAGAUCAUAUACAAUUAAUACGUUCAUUAAAUUUACCAAUGAUCAUUGUAUUAACAAAAAUUGAUCAAUUAUCUCAUGGAAUUGAACAAAUCAAACGUAUUAACAUAAUUUAUCGUCAAUUAAUAUAUCAAUUUAAACAAAUUGAUAAUGCAUGGUCAUACGGUGUACCAUCAUCACUAAUAUCACAAACGAAUACAGACUAUUCAUUUUUAAAUGAUUGGAAAUUGAAUUCAGCUAGAGGGGAUUUCAAUGAUGAUUAUUUUAUGCCACCAUUUUUUCCUGUUUCAUCUGUCACUGGUCAAGGUAUUGAUAACUUAAUGCAUUUUUUAAGUCGUCUAAGUUGUUUAAAUCAAUCACCAAUGCCAACGUUAUCCAUGUCACCAUCAUCAACGACAACAAUCCAUCCAUUUGAAUCUUCUGAUCAUCGAAAUCCAGAUCAUCAUCAUCAACAACAACAACAACAAUCUUUAGAAUUCAAUAAAUUUUCCAAUGAAACUCAUAUUCAAUUCAUAUUUAAUAAAAUAAAUGAACAAAUGAAAAUUAUUAAAACUUAUCGUGAUUUUAAUGGUACAUUAUUUUGGAUUAAUCAAGUAUUUACACAAAUACCAGGGGUUUCUAAUCCAGUUAUAGUUGGACGUGUACAACUUGGUCAAUUAUUAAAUAAUCAAAUAUUAUGGCUUGGACCAGAUCAAUUUGGUGAUUUCUAUCCAGUUCAAAUUGUUAGUUUAAUGCAUAAUCGUCAAGUACAUGAUAUUGUAUACGCUGGACAGUCAGCAUCAAUGGAGGUAUAUUUUUUACCAAAAUCAUGGAAUAGUAUGAAUGAUAAACAACGUCAAAACAUCUUACAUAGUAUAUCAUCACCUACUUCACUGUCAUUAACAUCAUCUUACAGAACAAUGAAUGAUCAUAAAAAGUCAUUUUCAUUAUUCGGUAAUAAUAAUGACAAUAUUUGUAAUGAUGAUGAUGAUAACUGUACUGGGAAUGAAGAGAAUAUUCCGCAUAAUAAUAAGAAGAAGAAUAAUGUUAACAGUCUAUCGUCAUCACCGUCGGAUAUUUAUCAAUUUUAUUCACCAAUAAAAAUACGUCGUGGAAUGAUUCUUCUCACUUAUCCAAUGUUAUUAACUGCAUAUUCAUUGUUUAAAACAUCAUCACCGGGAUUAUUACCAUGUACCAUCGAUUCUUCUCCGCUAUCAUCAUCACCAUCUGAAUUUAUUUGGAAUGAACAAUUAAAAUCUAAACAUUGUAUUAAUUUCACCGUAGUAUGGACAGUUAAAUUGAAACUAAUUCGUCGUCUACCUAUAGUAUCUUUUAAAUUAGGCAAUCCACCGGUAAUUUUAACGCCAAUUCCAUCAAUUGGACAACGUGUAAGUAUUUAUGCUGGAUGUGUUUGUCAAACUGGUGUUGUACUAGAAACGAUAAAUCAAUGUAAACAUGAACAAGAAAUGCAACAGAACAACUUGAAAGAUUAUAUGGUGAAUAAUGAGAAUCAUUUAGAUGAUACAACGUACAUCUUACUACGCUUUACACGUCAUCCAGAAUUAAUUGAAAUUGGUCGACAAUUUAUAUUAACAUGGAAUGGAAAUUUAAAAACUGUCGGUUAUGCUGUUGAAUUAAUUGACGCAUUAAAACAUCAUUACAAUCUUUCCUUGAAUACUCUUUCUGAUAAUAAUAAUAAUAAUAAUAAUAAUAAUAAUAAUAAUAAUAAUAAUAAUAAUAAUAAUAAUAAUACAACUACUACUAGUACUAGUACUACCAAUGUUCAAGAUCCUAUUUGUUGGAAUAAUAAUAUUCAACAAAAUUCUGUAUCAUUUCAAGAGAAUGAUCAUUAUGAUUGGUCUAGUUUACGACAGUCAUUUAUGAAUCGAACAAUCUCAGUGAAUAAUUAUCCAUUUGGAUCGAUAGAUAAUUUACAUACAUCAUCUAAUGUAUUAUUAUUAUCUUCAUCAUUACCAUCAUCAAAUAUGGAAUUUUAUGGUCAUUUAAGAAAUAAUGAACCAUGUAAGAGGUCAGCAACAACAACAACAUCAAACUCUUUAAUUCCUGUAAAUCAUUUAACAAGUUUAUCAGAAUUAGUACAAAAUCAUGAUAUUGAUAUUGAUGAUAACAUUAAUAAUAAUAAUAAUUCAACAGAUAUUGAUCAUUCUACACAGUCUAUAAUUGAUAUCAAUAAUGUUAAACAGUUUUCUGAAUCAUCAAUAUCCUCAUCGGGAGGAGGCGUCACAACAUUCACACCAUCAUCAUCAUCAUCAUCAUCUAAGAAUAAUAAACGACGUCAUAGACGAAAACAGAAACGUUAAUUCUUUCUAGAUCCUCUUUAAUUUAUCUCUGUUUUCUUUUAACAAUUUCAUGAUUGAUUGAUUUAUUCAUAGCUGGUUAAUUAAUCAGUUAGUUAGUUAGUUAGUUCAGUUUACUAUGAUUAUGCUGUUGUUUAGCCUACUAUAAUAAUAAUCAUAAUUUCUUAUGAAUAUUGAGUAAGGCAAUUAUUGGUGUUAAAAUUGAUCAUGUUGUACAUGUAAAUGGGUUAUUUGCACAUUAUACAUAAAAUAGUUGAUCGUUCAUUAUUAUCAUUAACCUUCAGUUAAUUUAUGUAUACAUAUUUGCUUUUUUCCUAGUAAUAUGUGAAUGUAAUUCAAUCCUUAUGUCCCUUUGUGUGUGUGUGUGUGUUUGUAACUAGAAUGGUGGUGGUGUAUCAUCGUAACGAGCUGUCGACCAAUUUAUACAUCAUUACAUAUGAUGUAAUUUGGUGUGUGUUUUCUUUUUUUUCAAUUUACUCUUACACUUAAUAGUGAUUACAUAUUCAAAAUAAAAUUGAUCUAUACUUACUAUUACUACUACUAGUUACUAGGGUUGGGGGUCUCUUUCCCAUUUUCUGUUACAAUCAACGAAUAGAAUUAUUCGGAUAAACCUUCAAUUAUGAUGAUAUAAGUAGUGUUGUUGGUUUUUUUUCUUCAUUUCUCAUCUGACUUUAUCGCAGGAAUACUGGAUGAUGUAUAUGUAUGUAUGUAUGUAUGUGUGCGUGUGUGUUUUUCUUCUUACAAUCAAACAAAAUGAGUCGAAUUCACUAAAGAAAAUAGUUAAUGACUUAACUAGUCAGUAUAUUUAGACUUACUUACUUACCUACUUAUUCCUGUUGCCCCCAAAUGGUGCAUAGGCCCAUCGACCAGUAUAUUUCAACUAUUCCCUAUCAAGUAGUUGUGCACUUAUUUAUUAUUGUAAAUUAUUAGAUUCUUUCUUUCUUUUCUCAAGUCUACCAUAACUUUCAUUGUAAAAUUUUAUUAUUUAAUAUCACAUUGUUAUCCUUAUUAUUAUGAGUGAAAUUUUGUUUAUUUAUUUAUUUUUUGUUUUAUUUAUAGAAAUAUAUAAAUAAACAAAGAAAUUCACUUAUUCAUUUGAUGGGUUGACUUCAUGUGUUGUUAUGAUUACUUCAUUGAUAUUUAUGUACGAAUGUAUUAAUUUACAAGAAGAAAAAAUUGUGGGGGGAGGCGGUUGUUUGUUGAUCUGUCUGUUUGUUUUCUCUUGUUCCUUAACUGAUCCUGUUGUUAUAUUUAUCGAUCAAUCUAUAAUGACUAUUAUCA